UCCCGCCGGUUGAAGUUGUCGUCAGGCGCGCCUCGUCGAGAACAGACGUGCCGCUGUGCCCUUUAGUGUCUCGACCAACAAACCCUUCACACACGGUGAAGAAUGUGCUUGUAGCGAAAACCUACACAAGUCCAAGAGGGGCAACAUUGAGCGAGUGAACGAGUGUACAAAGUGAACGUAGCCUAGUGGCCUGUACAUAAGUGUGUACAUACAGUGAUUGUUGGUGCUGGUUGUCAGCCAGCGCGUACGCCGUUGUUCGUGGAUACUGUGUAUCCUCUGCUGCCGUCCUCCUGCUGAGCGCCCACACCCGUCACUCCAGCAGCCAUGGCCGAUACGGGCAGAACAGAUUCGUACCGGCACGCCACGGAUCGAACCAUCCCUGAUGAUAACCGAACCGUGAAAGGGGACCCUAAGUCCACAAAGAAGAUGCCCAAGGCAAAGGCGAAGAAGGGGGAGAAGGAUAUGGACAAUCUGAAGAGGGAGUUGGAACUUGAUGAGCACAAGGUCCCCAUUGAGGAACUCUUCCAGCGACUUAGUGUCAACCCUGACUCAGGUCUAACGCAGGCUGAGGCUCUCCGACGUACAGAACGAGAUGGUCCAAAUGCCCUCACCCCACCCAAGCAGACUCCCGAGUGGGUGAAAUUUUGCAAGAACCUUUUCGGCGGCUUCUCACUCCUCCUGUGGAUUGGAGCCAUCCUCUGUUUCAUUGCCUACUCCAUUGAGGCUGUUUCAGAGGAGGAACCCAACAAUGAUAAUUUGUACCUGGGCAUUGUACUCACAGCUGUCGUGAUCAUCACGGGCGUCUUCUCGUACUAUCAAGAGAACAAGAGUUCCCGAAUCAUGGAAUCAUUUAAAAACAUGGUUCCCCAGUAUGCCAUUGUGGUUCGUGAAGGUGAAAAGCAGAAUGUUCAGGCUGAAGAACUUUGCAUAGGAGACAUCAUCGAGGUGAAAUUCGGUGACCGCAUCCCUGCUGAUGUCCGUGUCAUUGAAGCUAGGGGCUUCAAGGUGGAUAACUCUUCCUUAACUGGAGAGAGUGAGCCCCAGAGUCGUUCUCCAGAAUUCACAUCGGAGAACCCCCUUGAGACCAAGAACCUCGCUUUCUUCUCCACUAAUGCUGUGGAGGGUACUGCCAGGGGUAUUGUGAUCAACAUCGGCGACAACACAGUUAUGGGCCGUAUUGCUGGGUUGGCUUCUGGUCUUGAAACUGGUGAAACCCCCAUUGCCAAAGAGAUCAGCCAUUUCAUCCACAUCAUCACCGGUGUAGCAGUGUUCUUGGGAGUUACCUUCUUCGUCAUUGCCUUCAUCUUAGGCUACCACUGGUUAGAUGCUGUUGUAUUCCUCAUUGGUAUCAUUGUAGCCAAUGUGCCUGAGGGUCUGCUUGCCACAGUCACUGUGUGUCUGACACUCACAGCCAAGCGUAUGGCUGCAAAGAACUGUCUCGUUAAGAACUUGGAAGCUGUAGAAACUCUUGGGUCCACCUCAACCAUCUGCUCAGACAAGACUGGUACCCUGACCCAGAAUCGUAUGACAGUGGCUCAUAUGUGGUUUGACAAUACCAUCAUUGAGGCUGAUACAUCUGAAGACCAGUCUGGCUGCCAAUAUGACAAGACAUCCGAAGGCUGGAAGACACUUUCCAGAAUUGCUGCCCUCUGCAAUCGUGCUGAGUUCAAGACUGGACAAGAGGAAGUAGCCAUCUUGAAACGUGAAGUGAACGGCGAUGCUUCAGAAGCUGCUCUGCUGAAAUGUGUUGAACUUGCUGUUGGAGAUGUAAAGGGCUGGCGAGCACGCAACAAGAAGGUCUGUGAGGUUCCAUUCAAUUCCACAAACAAAUAUCAGGUGUCCAUACACGACACCGAGGAUAAGAAUGACCCCCGCUACCUCCUCGUCAUGAAGGGUGCCCCAGAGAGGAUCCUGGAACGCUGCUCAACCAUUUAUAUCAAUGGCGAAGAAAAGCCCCUCGAUGAAGAAUUGAAGGAAUCUUUCAACAACGCCUACCUAGAACUGGGAGGCCUUGGAGAGCGUGUACUUGGUUUCUGUGACUACAUUUUGCCUUCUGAUAAGUAUCCUCUUGGAUAUCCCUUUGAUUCAGAUAAUCCCAACUUCCCAGUACAUGGCCUGCGAUUUGUGGGUCUCAUGUCCAUGAUUGAUCCUCCUCGUGCAGCUGUGCCCGAUGCCGUAGCAAAGUGCCGAUCGGCCGGUAUUAAGGUUAUCAUGGUUACGGGUGAUCACCCUAUCACUGCCAAGGCCAUUGCUAAGUCUGUGGGUAUCAUUUCUGAAGGUAAUGAAACUGUAGAAGACAUUGCCCAGAGACUGAACAUCCCCAUCAAGGAGGUUGACCCCCGUGAAGCCAAGGCUGCUGUUGUCCACGGCUCAGAACUGAGAGACAUGACCUCCGAGCAGUUGGACGACAUUCUCAUUCACCACACCGAGAUUGUAUUUGCCCGUACCUCACCCCAGCAGAAACUGAUCAUUGUUGAAGGUUGCCAGCGUAUGGGUGCCAUUGUUGCUGUGACUGGUGAUGGUGUAAAUGACUCCCCUGCCCUCAAGAAGGCUGACAUUGGUGUUGCUAUGGGUAUUGCCGGAUCAGAUGUGUCCAAGCAGGCUGCCGACAUGAUCUUGCUGGACGACAACUUUGCAUCUAUUGUUACGGGCGUUGAGGAGGGAAGACUUAUCUUUGACAACCUCAAGAAGUCCAUUGCCUACACCUUGACCUCCAAUAUUCCCGAGAUCUCGCCAUUCUUGUUCUUCAUGAUCGCCUCCGUGCCUCUGCCCUUGGGUACCGUCACCAUUCUCUGCAUCGAUCUGGGUACUGACAUGGUGCCUGCCAUUUCCCUUGCCUAUGAGGAAGCUGAAUCUGAUAUUAUGAAGCGCCAGCCCCGCAAUCCAUUCACCGACAAGCUUGUGAACGAGAGGCUCAUCUCUAUGGCCUAUGGUCAGAUUGGUAUGAUUCAGGCCUUGGCAGGAUUCUUUGUGUACUUUGUGAUCAUGGCAGAGAAUGGCUUCCUCCCUCCCAAACUCUUUGGUAUCCGUGAGAAGUGGGACUCCAAGGCCAUCAAUGAUCUGGAGGACCACUAUGGCCAGGAAUGGACAUACUACGACCGCAAGGUUCUUGAGUACACAUGCCAUACUGCUUUCUUCGUCUCCAUCGUGAUUGUGCAAUGGGCAGAUUUGAUCGUCUGCAAGACCCGACGUAACUCCAUCGUUCACCAGGGCAUGAAGAACAUGGUGCUGAACUUUGGAUUGUGUUUCGAAACUACACUGGCUGCCUUCCUCUCAUACACCCCAGGAAUGGACAAGGGUCUUCGUAUGUACCCCCUGAAGUUCUACUGGUGGCUGCCAGCCCUUCCCUUCUCCUUACUCAUCUUUGUUUAUGACGAGUGUCGCCGAUUCAUCCUGCGUAGGAACCCCGGAGGUUGGAUGGAAAUGGAGACUUAUUAUUAAGGCGUUUUUACAGAGCACAAGAAUGGCCAUCAUCAUCAGCAGCCUCCCCACAGCCAGCACUUGUGUCGCUAUACUCGUGUUUCUCUGAUGCCCAAUAAUGGAAAUUUAUUUAAUAUCCCAAUGAGAAAAUUUGUAGUUGAGCCUGAGAAUAUAUAGUAAAGGAGAGUGUUGGUGGCUCUGUAAUGUGCUCUCCCAUAUGAUUCCAUAUUUCUUUGUUACUUACUGAGAAUUUUAAUGUCAUUAUGGUUGUUUCUAAUUUUCCCCCAUUGUUAUAUAUAAGAUUUUUAGUAAGUAACAAUGAGAUAUUUGUACAGAAUCCUGGUGAAGGAUAUAAUAAAGACAAAACAGUGACACUUCAAGAAUGCACCAGAACUUGAACUGAGGUUUACGCAGCCUCGGACUCCCGCUCCAGGCUGCAGGUGUCAGAAAGCAGGGAGUCUCAUAAGAAUUUAGAAAACUAGUGAUAAAAAGAUAUUUAAGAUAUUUAAAAAAGAUUUUAAUUAUAGUAUAUAUUAUAGUAUAUAUAUAUAUAUAUAGUACAUGUGUAAUAUAUAUAUAUAUAUAUAUAAUAUACAAAUGUAUAUAUUUAUAUAUUAUAAUAACAUACAUAUACAUAAGAGAUAUACACAUAUAUUUAAUACCUAUUCAGUGGCUCAAGAGAUAGUUAUCUAAUAAUGCCUGUUAAGGUUUUUGGAAGGGGAACCUUGCUUUCUGACACAAGUAGCCCUGGCGAAGUUUGUCUCAUCUGUUAAAUUUUGUGUAAAUUUUAGUGCACAUGAGUAGAAGUGUGAUGGCUACAGAACUGCAGCCAAAAUCAAGUGUAAAAAAUAUUGUGUAGAUAGUCUGUAGACAGCCCCAAUCUUCAUGAAACGACCUAGUUUGCAAGACUGUUUUCAUAUUGAUCAUAAUCAUUAUUCGGAGUCGAGUUGUUACAGCUGUACUGCUCAAACCUUAUCCCACGUUCGUUGGUUAAUGUUUUAAUGCUUAGGUUUAUUUUAUGUUCUCCCUCGAUGGAUAUGUAUUAACAUUUUUGCAUAUGUGCAGUAAAAUCUGAAAGAUAAUACAUUUUAACCUACAAAGUAAAUGUGUAAUUUAAUUUGAUCCCUUUACAUAGUAAUGCCUUAUAAUCUGCUCUAAACUCUGCUUCGGUUCUUGAAAUUUCUCAAAAAGUGACACAUUGGGUCCGUAACAUUCCACACUAAAGUACCAGCUUUGCACACUGAAUUUGCUUUUUCUCUCCUUUUUUUAUUAGAAGCCGGUCAUUGGUAGAGGUAGGGUUUUUCAUCUAGCUCCUAGGUAUGCAAAAAAAAAAUUCCUAGCUCCAAACCUUAUGCUUUGUACCUUGAGAGUGAAGCCCGUUUAGAAAGUGCGCAUGAAGUAGGACGAAUGCAUGACUACAGUGUAAUAAAAUACUGGUUAUUUUCCUUCAUUGUUAUCCCAAGAGCAUUCAUCAUAACAAAAUUGAGCCUUCUACCUCUGUAGUUCCUGCUCAGCUUCUACCAAGUCAUGUUGAAGCUUAGUUUUUGGUGUAAACACAUAUUUAGUUUGUGGAUAGAUGAAUUAAGAGUGGUUGAAAUGCCUGGUUGUCUGUUUAACCAUUCAGAAUGAAUCUCAGUGGCAACAAAACUGAUUUAUGUUUACCACAAAAACUGUGCUGAAUCUAGCUGCCAGGUGUAGGAUCUUGUUGUUUUAGAGUUUAAAUUAUUUGAUCAUACUGUAUGUGAACGGUUGAUGGAGGUCUUGUUGUCGAGGAGACUUGUGACAAGCAAGGAACCAUUGCCUCUGCGUGACCUGCAGCAAACACUGUGGUUCAGUGUGGUAGCCAAAUACAGUGUGAUGUCGUGCUUGUCAUCCUUCCAAGCUUCGUACUAAAGCAACUAGCUGUGGGUCGGCCUUUGUACAUAGGAGAUAAAGAUAUCAUAAUAAUUAAUGGUAAGAGUAAUAUUAAAUAUCAAGGCAAAUAUAUCUUGUUAUAAAGCAGCACUAAUGUCACUUAGACUCUUAAUUUUUCUUAGAGGCAGGGGAGGAGCUUACAUGCUCUGUUAGUACGACUCAAACUAUCCGGGCACCAUCUAGUGCUCAUACCACCCAGAGACAUUAAGGGAAUGUCUCUUUGUGCCAGAGUGUUAAGUUACCUGUUGAUUCCCUGCCUCAGUUUCCAUGUUAAUAAAGGGAAAAUUUUGAAAACUGGUCACAACAUUAUCAUUUAUUUUAAAAGUUCAAGAUUUUGGAUCUACUCCAAGUGCUGGAUUCAACAAUAAAGUGUUUGAAAAUU